GUGCAUUCAGAUUGAUUUCCACGAGGUUGCUGUUGAGAUUAAUUCUCUAUCUAAUAUAUAUAAAUCUCCUCCGAAGGGAGCUAGUCGAGUAUGCAAAGAAAGGCACAAGCAUAGAUGGGUGCUACGGCCUUCUUCUACCUCUUGUUGUCCCUCUGGGUUCAUGAUGCAACUGGGGCAGCUCUUGGCUUCACAAGAAGUGAUUUUCCACAGGAGUUCGUCUUUGGAGCCGGAACCUCGGCAUAUCAAUAUGAGGGUGCUGUUGCUGAGGAUGGCAGGAGCCCGAGCAGUUGGGACACUUUCACUCACGCAGGAAAAAUACCUGACAAAAGCACGGGAGAUGUUACUGCAGAUGGGUACCACAAAUACAUGGAGGAUGUGAACCUCAUGUCUGAGACAGGCCUAGAGGCUUAUAGGUUCUCCAUCUCCUGGUCAAGACUCAUUCCGAAUGGACGUGGAGCUGUCAAUCCCAAAGGGCUAGAGUACUACAAUAACCUCAUUCAUGAGCUAGUGAAUCAUGGAAUUCAGGUCCAUAUCACACUUCACCAUCUAGAUCUCCCUCGGAUUCUGGAAGAUGAGUAUGGUGGAUGGUUAAGCCCCAGAAUUAUCGAAGAUUUCACAGCAUAUGCAGAUGUUUGCUUCAGGGAGUUUGGAGAUAGGGUUGCAACUUGGACGACGGUGAAUCAGCCAAACAUUGGUAUAGUGGCCUCUUAUGAUAUUGCUAUAUUCCCUCCUGCCCGUUGCUCGGAUCCGUUUGGAGCAACAAAGUGCACCGCCGGGGACUCUAGUGUGGAGCCAUACAUAGCAGCUCAUAAUACCCUUAUGGCGCAUGCAUCGGUGGUCAGUCUGUACAGAAGAAAAUAUCAAGCCAUGCAAAAAGGAGUUAUUGGCAUAAGUAUUUACUCUUUCUGGAGUUAUCCAUGGACAAAUUCCACUGUGGAUUUAGAUGCAACUCGGAGAUGUAAAGAUUUCUACUUCGGCUGUACUGCCAGGAUACUAGAUCCAUUGGUGUUUGGGGACUACCCACAAGUGAUGAAGAAGAAUGUCGGCUCUCGCCUUCCACCCUUCACGGAAGUUCAGUCUGAACUUAUCAAGGGUUCUUUAGAUUUUAUUGGAAUAAAUCAUUACUACUCUCUCUAUGUGAAUGGUCGCCCUUUCAAAACAGGCGUUCGAGAUUACUUCGCAGACAUUUCAGUUAGUACAAGGGGUUCUAGGACAGGUCCACCAGCUGGUCAGGGCGCCCCAGCAAAUGUCUCAAGUGAUCCCAAAGGGUUGCAGCUUCAGCUGGAAUACCUGAAAGAAACCUACGGGAACCUUCCCGUCUAUGUCCAAGAGAACGGCAUGGGAUCUGCCGAUGACGGUCUGGAUGACACCGAAAGGGUCAGUUACCUGAGCAGCUACAUGGAAAGCACACUGAACGCGAUAAGGAACGGGGCGAACGUGAGAGGCUACUUAGUGUGGGCGUUCAUGGACGUGUUCGAGCUCCUGUCCGGGUACCAGUCGAGGUACGGGCUGUACCGCGUCGACUUCGCCGACGGAAGCCGGCCGCGGCAGGCCAGGCUCUCGGCUCGCUGGUACUCCGGCUUCCUCAAGCACAACCGAACCACUGCAUUACUAGAAACCAAUGCUCGUGUAACCACUACUGUAUCUUCGUAAUCAUUUUCUUUAGAAAGCCAUCACUUUUCAGAGCAAGUUGAAGAAACGAAACGCUCGAAAUGUACGUGAUGCAUUUCUUUGCUGCUACAUUACAUCGACCCUUGUUACAAAAAACCAUGAGUUCAGAUAAAAAGAAAACAUCAAGGUUACGCCUGCAUGGAUAUUGUCACAUAGCUUUCAGACAACCAUCGAGUUGCAGAAGCAGAGUCAGAAGAUGAACGCUAUGUGGCUAUCAGAGGGUCCGUGCAAAGAUUAGAUGUGAAGAAACGCGUGGCUUGGUUUUUGUCAGUCGCCGGAAUGGAGUUCAUGGAUGCGCAUCGUUCAGAGCAGUGGUUUGAGUGGUGGCCCGUUGGUCCUGUGGAGGAACCAGGGGAGGAUGCACAUUCAGCCAUCACAUACUGCUGAGCAUCUCUAUAGCAGAUCGCCAAAAGCUACGCACUAUGAAGGAAGUUUUGUUGGUUAAAGGGAUUAAGCACUAGCUAUCAGAUCCCCAAAAAUUUAGUUCUCCAAAUCUAGAUUUUCUCUGUAACAUUCUACUCCAUUAGCCCAAAUUUGUUCUAUGGUGGCCUGUUCUCAGUAAACAUAGGGACGCACCGCACGCCUUCCCGCCCAACCCCGACCUUCUAGCCCUAACUUGUUGGUUGUAUGCAUCCUGACUAUGGAGCCUUCUAGCCCUAACUUGUUGGUUGUAUGCAUCCUAACCAUGGAGAUGCUGGAUGUGUGCUCAUUAUGUUUAUAUCCACUUGAUGGGUCAUUUUGAGUCAAUAAAAUUCACUCUUCAUCGGACAAAAAAUCAGCUGCCUCUGUCUUUUCUUAAUCUGUGACAGCUACUCAUACUUUUUCGAGAAAACGCAGGGGACCCAUGCAUUUCAUUCCAUUGAAAAGAGAGAGUUUGUAAUUACAAUCCUUCUAGGAGGCGGUUUCAGACAGAAAUUAGAUGCUAG